AUGACCAUCUCGGUCUUCAGCCCAACCAACUCCAGCUACCCCUCUUCUUCGGCCGAUAAGACGCCUUCGCCAGUCGCCACAGGCGCCAUGCCCCAGACUCUAGUCUCUCCUACCCAAAGCAACAUGAGCGUCGCGUCCAUGCAGCGAAACCCGCGACCAGGUCUGGAAAAUGUUGCUAUUCACCGCAUUUCCAAUGGAUACCAGCCGAGUGCGGAGAGGGAGCCUCUAGCCAAGCUGGGCAAGACUGCUCCCGCGAUCACAGGACCUGCGACAAGUCAGAUUGCGCGAGCCGCUGAGCCUACGAAGGGCCAAGCCUGGGCCUUCCCUGACGGCGACGAGAGGGAGGAGGCGGCACGGUACGGUCAGCCGUCGCACAACACAUCUUUCCUGGACUCUCGGCGCAGCAGUGUCACCGAGUCGAUUGCGAGCAGUCAGUUCACCACGGAGUCCAGGUUGCCGCCUGGGCAGCGAAGACUGGACGAAAACGCCGAGUACAACCCCAUGGCUCAUGCCUCAACAGACUUCCCACCAGUGCAUCACCACUCUCUGCAGCACAAACAGCUGGGGGACCUCCAGGACGAGGAUGCGGAAUCGAGAGCUGGUGCUCAACCAUACAGCCGUACUCCUGAACUUCGCAAGAGUCACAAGCUGGCUGAGCGGAAGCGAAGAACAGAGAUGAAGGAGCUGUUCGACCAACUUCGCGACUUGAUGCCCCAGGAGCGAGGGUCUAAGGCCUCCAAGUGGGAGAUUUUGACUAAGGCCAUCACGGAGCACCAGCGAAUGGCGGAUGCCGUCCGUGUGAUGCAGAAUCAAAACGCCUCUAUUGCGUCAGAGAAUGAUCAGCUGCGCCGGGAGAACCACGCGCUUAUGCUUCAGCUGCGAGGCCAGCCUCCUCAACAGGCACCCCCCCCUCCACCUGCGGCUAGCUACGCGUCAGAUCCCUAUGCCCACCGCCCGGAGCUGCCUCCUCUGCGCGCCCUCAAUGGCGGCCCUCCCAGCGGGCCUGAGUCAAUGACGGGUGUGCAAUACGAUGCUCCGCGUGCUAACGGAUAUCGACCUGCAGAGCGGUAUUGA